CAAGAUCAUCCCUCUCUUCCCGUCAGCUCAUUUAUGCGCCUCCUCACUCGCUCGUGUAUGACGAAAACCCCACAAUGGCUUCUGCUAACUCUUACGGUACACCGACUGUCUUCGAAGCGAUCGCAGAGUGACUGGCACCACGCGAGCCUGGCGAGCCAAUCAGCGAUUGACACUUGGCACACAGCAAGUUCUCCAAGCCGAAUCUUCUGUCUAUAGAUCCGAGGCUAAAUCGCUCACAGCUCUCAUUCAUGCCGAAGUGAAAUUCAUCAAGGGAAGGCG